GCAAUGUUUCCUACUGCAGCCGCAAUAUUACUGAGAGGGCGUUAGCGCGCAGCGAAUUUUUCGAGUCACACCAACUCCCGUAAGAUCAGCGGUCUUUAAUAGUCUCUCGUCGGUGCCUGGGUGUUGCAUUUACUGUAUUGUUGUCCAAUUUUCUCAUGUUAAUUCCGUGAAAAGGCGCGUAUCUACAUGUAAACAAUACGCAAAGCGCACUUGGCAGAUUUAUUCGCAGCGUCGUGCAUCAAGUCUGGACAAGAUGUCGAUGUCAGCAAUAUAUAUUUUGGACGUGAAAGGCAAAGUGUUGAUUUCGCGAAACUAUCGUGGCGACAUCGAGACUGGUGUCAUAGAAAAGUUCAUGCCACUGGUGAUGGAACGCGAAGAGGAGGGCAAUGUUACACCUAUCAUUCAGACUACGGAAUGUACAUACGCCUACAUAAAAUAUAACAAUCUAUACAUCGUGUUCACCACCAAGAAAAAUGCUAACAUAUCCCUAGUAUUUGUAUUCUUGCACAAAGUGGUGCACGUUAUGCAAGAGUAUUUCAAGGAACUGGAGGAGGAAAGUAUAAGAGACAACUUUGUUGUUAUUUAUGAGCUUCUGGAUGAGUUAUUGGACUUUGGCUAUCCUCAAACUACCGACAGUAAGAUUUUGCAAGAAUAUAUAACUCAAGAAGGUCACAAACUAGAGAUUCAGCCCAGAAUCCCGAUGGCUGUGACCAACGCUGUCUCAUGGCGGUCAGAGGGCAUUAAGUAUCGAAAAAACGAGGUCUUUCUUGAUGUAAUAGAGUCGGUGAAUCUCCUGGCAAAUGCCAAUGGAAACGUCUUGAGCUCGGAGAUUGUAGGUGCAAUAAAGAUGAGAGUUUACUUGUCAGGUAUGCCGGAAUUGCGACUGGGCCUCAAUGACAAAGUUCUAUUCGAGUCAACAGGCCGUGGCAAGUCGAAAUCUGUGGAGCUAGAAGACGUCAAGUUCCAUCAGUGCGUUAGACUUUCUCGAUUCGAGAACGACCGGACGAUCUCCUUCAUCCCACCGGAUGGCGAGUUCGAGCUCAUGUCAUACAGAUUGAACACCCACGUGAAACCACUGAUAUGGAUCGAAUCUGUGAUCGAGCGGCACGCUCACAGCCGAGUGGAAUACAUGAUAAAGGCGAGGUCGCAGUUCAAGCGCCGAUCCACGGCGAACAACGUGGAGAUCGUGAUUCCGGUGCCGAACGACGCCGACUCGCCCAAGUUCAAGACCACGAUCGGCAGCGUCAAGUACUCGCCGGAGCAGAGCGCUAUAACUUGGAUUAUCAAGUCUUUUCCCGGCGGCAAGGAGUACCUAAUGCGAGCGCAUUUCGGGCUGCCAUCGGUAGUCGGCGAAGACGUCGAGGGCAAGCCGCCCAUACAGAUAGGAGACAUGUAUACAGUAGUGCCAUCUGUCUCUGGACUCGGAUGUAGUUGAACUAAAAUAGAUCACGUGAUACGGAGUGGGAGUACGCGCCAAAGAAUAUCUCAUUAUUUUUUGACGCCAACCGAGCAAGUCUCAGCAAGUCAAAGCAAACCCAAGUGAGUGAGAGUGAGCAAGAACGAGCAAUAAAAACAAGGGUAAUUAUCAAUAUAAUUAUCUAUCAGUUUUUGGCACCAAUCCAAAGAAUAUCUCCUUAUUUUUUGGCGCCAACCGAGCAAGUCUUAUCAAGUCUAAACAAACCCAAGUGAGUGAGAGUGAGCAAGAACAGGCAAUAAAAACAAGGGUAA